CCUGACAAUGUUUUCCAUGGACAACUUUGACUUGGAGGCCACGAUGGCGCGCCACUUCUUCGAGGGAUCGCAGGCCACCAACGCCUCCACCUCCAGCUCCGAUUAUUUUUUUGGGGACGAGCACAGCUCGGAGAGCGAUGACGAGGAUGACGCCUACAGCAGUGGCUUCAACAGCGACCAGGAGAACACCGAGAAGACCCGGCGGAGCCACAAGCCACGGCGCUUGAAGUGCGCCUCCCAAAUGGCCCAGCAGCGCCAGGCGGCCAAUCUCCGGGAGCGUCGGCGGAUGCAGAGCAUCAACGAGGCGUUCGAGGGCCUGCGCACCCACAUUCCCACGCUGCCCUACGAGAAGCGACUGAGCAAGGUCGACACACUCAAGCUGGCCAUCAGCUACAUAACCUUCCUCAGCGAGAUGGUCAAAAAGGACAAGAACGGCAACGAACCCGGCCUAAGCUUGCAGCGCAAUUACCAGAAGGAACCGCCCAAGAAAAUCAUCCUCAAGGAUCGCACUGGCGGUGUGGCGCACUCGUUGUCCUGGUACCGCAAGGGCGACCGAUACCCGGGCAGCAAGCUCUACGCCCGCACCUGGACACCGGAGGACCCCAGGGGGCCCCACUCGCAGCCCCAGCCCUUGUACAACAACAGCAACUCGAACCAGAACCAGAAUCAGAAUCAGAAUCAGAAUCAGAACAGCAACCAGAGCAGCGACGAGUUCAGCGGAAGUGGAAGUGCCGAUAUGUCCGAUCCGGGAGCAACGGCCAGUAUCUUUAGCAGCGGCAGCGGAAUAUGAAGGCCAAGGUCCCAGUAUGAACACUGAACUGAAGACGGUCAGAGGGAUUGAGAUGCAAAGGAAACCCUACUAGUCAAGCCCUGCUAGUCACGGCACCUAACACAUAUUAACCAACUUAAUAAUUAUAUGAGGAAAACAAGUUCUGUGGUAUUUAAUUGCUCUAAGUUCGCUAAUAUCUAAAUGUUAUACAUAGUGGUUUAGUUUAAAUCGAAUAAACAUUCAACACAAAAUCAACCCAACGCUAUCUAAUUGCAGUUCAAGCGGCGAGGGCAAAACGAACAAUUCGAGGAUAAAUUAUAUAGUUAUCAGC